GUUAUUGCUUGUGCAUCAAAAGCUCUAACUAACUCUGAACAAAAAUAUCCACACACACAAAAAGAGGCUUUGGCUAUAGUAUGGGGCAUAGAGAGAUUCUCAUUUUAUCUCAUGAACAAGACAUUUUCUGUGCGUACAGAUUCCGAGGCAAAUGAAUUCAUUUUCGGAGACGGUCAUAAAAUAAGCAAAAGAGCUGUUUCUCGCGCCGAAGCAUGGGCCUUAAGAGUUCAAGCAUAUGAUUUCACUAUUAAACGUAUCCCAGGACAUUUGAAUGUGGCAGACGCAUUAUCUCGAUUAAUAAAAAGGACUCAGAUUGAUGAGCCUUUCGACGAAGAAAAUAAUACACAUCUUUUAUAUGCCUUAGACGCAGGAUCAAUGGAUAUAACAUGGCAAGAAAUGGAAUCAACAUCAGAACUAGACGAUGAACUUCGGUCAAUUAGAAUGGCUAUACAAACGGAAAGAUGGCCGGAAAAUCUACGCCGCUUUGAAGCACAAAAAAAUGAAUUACGAACUUAUGGGUCAAUGAUUUUUAAAGCCGAUUUAAUUAUUUUACCUAACGUUCUUCGAUCAAAAGCCGUUAAAUCAGCUCAUCAAGGUCACAUAGGAUGUGCUGCAAUGAAAAAGAUAAUGAGAGAGUUUUUCUGGUGGCCCGGAAUGAGUAAGGAUGUAGAAACAUUUGUAAAGAAAUGUGAAACAUGCCUGGCAAUGUCAAGAAAAAAUCCUCCUAUUCCUCUAUCAAGUCGCGAGCUGCCAGAUGGUCCAUGGGAGAUAUUACAAAUAGAUUUUUUGGCCGUCCCUAAUUGUGGUUCUGGCGAUUUUCUUAUAGUAGUUGAUACUUACUCCAGAUACCUCGCAGUGGUAGAGAUGAGAAGCACAGAUGCUCGAUGCACAAAUUCAGCUCUUUGUAGAAUAUUUUACACAUGGGGUUUACCACUUAUUUUGCAAAGUGAUAACGGACCCCCCUUUCAAGGAAUUGAAUUCAUCAAGUAUUGGGAAGAAAAAGGUGUAAAAGUUAGAAAAUCUAUACCUCUAAGUGCUCAGUCUAAUGGUGCUGUUGAGCGCCAAAACCAAGGGAUAAUAAAAGCCUUAGCCGCAGCUAAAGAAGACAGAAUAAAUUGGAAGCAUGCUCUUGAAAAAUACGUACAUGUACAUAAUAAUGUUAAACCACAUUCUAGACUCAAUAUAACGCCAUUCGAAUUAUUAGUUGGCUGGAAAUACAGAGGUAUAUUUCCUUGCCUUUGGGAAAACAAAUCUUCAGAUAAAAUAGAUCGUUGCGAUGUUCGUGAUAAAGAUGCAGUUUCAAAACUCGUUAGUAAAAAAUAUGCCGAUGAUCACAGAGGAGCAAAAGAAUCAGAAAUAACAGCGGGAGACAUAGUUGUGAUGGCUAUUCCAAAGAACUCGAAAACCGAUCGAUCAUUCUCAAAGGAAAGAUACAAAGUUCUUACAAGACAUGGGGCCAAGUUGGUCAUUAGAAGAGAUCGAGGAGUUCAGUACACUCGCAACAUUCAGGAUUUAAAAUUGGCUCCAGAGAACAUAGAUCUUGAUACUCCGUCCUUAAGCCAAGAGGAUAAAUCGGAUGAUAUAGAAGAUUUGAAUAUUAAUUCACAUUUUACACAAGAAACUGAAGGCAUUUUCAAUGAUUCCUUGUGGGAUGACCAAAACCAGUAUCCAGAAAGAAAAAGAAGAAUUAUCAGAAAACCCGCUAAGUUUAAUGAUAUGUUUUUAUACCAUGUGUUCCAAUUCAAAAAGUGUUCUGAGGGGGAUGUGUGGGGCAACACUGCAUGA